UGAAACACGCCGGAAUUAUUUUGAGGCGCACCGCAACAUAAGCGCCACGCUCAAAAUCUGCAUAGUUAACUGUUUCUUUACUUACAUUUUUUAUGUAAAUGCUACAGCUGUGCCUUAGAAAUGAUUAAUGUAAACGACGUUUAAUUUUGUAGAUAUUUUAGCAUUUUUGUUGUGAUCUUUUUUCUGUAAUUAAUCGGCGUUGCUCCGAAAGGCUGGACAAACACAAUGCUCUCUCAGAUAAACAUUAUAAACGCACAUGUGCUCAUCAUUAUUGCACUUUUAAACUUAGGUUUUUGUAAAGACAUUGCCAUUGAUCCGGCUAAAUGUGUUGUGUGGGGUCCUGGAUUGAAUCCUGAUGUUGUGUUGCCAGUCAGAUAUUUCUACAUUCAGACUGUCGACUCGCAAGGAGCAAACAUCACUGUCUCGCCUGGUAACGACUUAUUUAAAGUGAAGAUAACCUCUUUGGAAAAGGAGUAUCUUCGUAUUCAUAUCCAGCCACCUUUGGAUCGGGGUGAUGGUUCUCUGCUUGUUAGAUAUCGUCUCUAUGGAAGCUCUACAAAGGGUUUAAAUAUUGAAGUGUUGUAUAAAGACCAGCCAGUGGCAAAAUCACCAUACACGCUUAAAGGUCCUGUUUAUCACGAAUACUGUGAUUGUUCACAGUCAGAUGUGUCAGCCUGGCAGAAGACCAUGCAGUGCCCGGAGGAAGAUCCUCAAAUUCAAAUGGAUUUCAGUUCAUUUCCUUCUAUUGACCUUGAGCAACUCUUGCAGGAAGUUCCACAGCGAUUUGCAAAGCGGGGUGGACUCAUUCACUACACCAUCCUGAAUAACCAAGUGUAUCGUCGUUCACUAGGCAAAUACACAGAUUUCAAGAUGUUCUCAGAUGAGAUUCUCCUCUCCUUGGCUCGAAAGGUAAAAUUACCUGAUGUGGAAUUUUAUAUUAAUGUAGGCGACUGGCCGAUGGAGAACAGAAAAGUGGGUGACAAACCAGUGCCAAUAAUCUCAUGGUGUGGGUCCACGGACACACGGGACAUCAUCCUUCCCACUUACGACAUCACACACUCCACUCUAGAGGCGAUGAGAGGCGUAACAAAUGACCUGCUGUCCGUCCAGGGGAACACAGGUCCUAUGUGGUCAAAUAAAACAAGCAAGGCCUUCUUCAGAGGCAGAGACAGUCGAGAAGAACGCUUAAAUCUGGUAACCAUGUCCAAACAAAACCCAGAGCUGCUUGACGCUGGAAUAACGGCAUAUUUUUUCUUUAGGGACCGGGAGAAGGAUCUCGGCAAGGCUCCGCUGGUUGGUUUCUUUGACUUUUUCAAGUACAAAUACCAGGUGAAUGUAGAUGGGACGGUAGCUGCCUACAGGUUUCCUUAUUUGAUGCUGGGCAACAGUUUGGUCCUAAAGCAGGAUUCACCGUAUUAUGAACACUUCUACACACAUUUGAAAGCAGGUGUGCACUACAUACCUGUGAUGAGGAACCUUUCUGACCUCAUUGAUAAGAUCAAUUGGGCUAAGAACAGUGAUGCAGAAGCAGAGGUCAUUGCUAAGAGCGGCCAAUCAUUGGUCAGAGAUCUGCUCCAGCCUCACAGACUUUACUGCUACUACUACUCAGUAUUUCAGACAUAUGCGAGUCGUCAGACCUCUCAGCCUGUAGUUCAUCCUGAUAUGGAGGCGGUUCAUCAACCGUCUGAUCACACAGCACUGUGUAACUGUGAGAGGAGAUUAGUGGAGCAGAGAGAUGAGCUCUGACACAAUCAGCUUAACAACUUCAAUCCAUCACUGUUACACCCAAAAAUCCACAUCGUAUGACACAAGGUCGAAUUGAACAUUUUUAACAAAAAUCCAUUCAAGCGUUAAAAUUGGAUGGGUUUUUUGUGUGUGUUCUCAAGAGGACAAAAAAAUUAGGUAUUUACUUGUGGUGUUUUUGCAUUAUUCCUAAUACUUUUGUGUUAAUUUUCAACUUUCCUCAUUAUUUUUAUAAUCGUUUAUUUAAAAAAUACCUCUCUGCUCACAGAUAUGCAUUACAAUAUAUAGUUUUCCUUAAAAUGUAUUGGAUUAAAUAAGUUUCAGUUGGUUGGUCAGGUGAAAGGGGACAUAAGCUUUUGAAUCCUGUGAAUGCUGUUAGUCUUGUUUUUAAUAGUUUUGUACUUAAAAACGGCAUUAAAGUGAACACUACAUGACUACAAGAGGAAAUAACGUAUGUAUUGCAAAUAAACAAUCUGUUUUUUUUUUUUACUUAACACUAAAUGUGCAGAUAAUGUAAAAUGUUGGUGUGUUACAGUUUGACUGUGUUUUGGCUUAAACUUGAAGUGCUCUUGUUUAAAAAAAAAAAAAAAUGAUGAUGGUUAUACAUGUAGAACACUUUGUGCCUCAUGUAGUGUGUUUGCCUUAAAUUGUUAUUUGUUUGUGCCAAACAGGGUCUUGUGGUUCCCAACGGUCAGCUAUUUUCCAAUUUAAUGAUUUACGGAAAUGAAUGAAAUGGUUGUUUGGUAACCUGACAUGCAUAAACACAUGGACGGCGUAAUAGAUUAACACUGGGGAUGAUGUGAAAGUCAACACAGAACAAAUGUCACAGUUUUAAUAAACUUUGGUAAAAUCUUUUUA